CUUUUUUUUCUUUUUUAAGUUUGUCUUACUGUAUUUUCAGUGUCCAGUUUUGAGGUAUGAAAGACAUUCUUGUCCCUAAGCCCCUGAGAGUACCUCGGGGCACUUGGAUGUUUUCUCUUAGGCUGAGUCCUCUUCUCAUGGGCUUCCAGGGUUUGUUGAAGACUAUUCUACCCCCUUCUCCCCUACCCCCACCUAUCUGUGGCUCACUGUAACUGUGGGAACCAGAAGCCUCUGACCUUGUUCCAGCUCUGAGCUGAAAGAGUGUCAUGAAGUCACAUAAUGUCUGGAAGAAAAGUCCUUCUGAUCUUUUCCAGACCAAUAAAUGCUUGUCUGCUGUCUGCUUCCUCCCUCCGUUUGAGGCAGGGCUAGUCUAGGAGCUUGAAUUGUAAUUCUUCCUCCUCUUCCUGCCAAGGGUGAAGCUAUAGACUCCUUGUUUGACCCACAACAUCUUAAGUGGUGAGCAAUCAGGUCCCUCCAGUGGAGACCCUGUGGAGAUGCAGACAACAGAAGCCAAAGGGAGUCUUGCCAGGCUCACUGGGGCUAGGGUAGUAUUUCAGUCCUGGUUGGUAAGAUUCGGCAAAUGUACAGUGGUGUGGUGGGUUACCUAGGAAGGAACUGUCUAGGCCAUCUGGUUAUACUCCUUUCUUUAAUGACAAUGGCUGUAGUGGUGACAGUUUAAGUUGUGAUUCAGGAGGGGAAGGAGCAUAAUCAUAUUUCACGGAGAAUUUGGAUAGCAAAAAUCAGAUACCAAGUAUUCUAACCCCAGGCCUCUUUCCCCUGAGUUAAUAAGUCAUAGGGACCAGGCGAAACAGACGAAACCUUGUUUAGGGCAUUAGUAGAUUGCAUGUGACCACCAUUCCUGAAUAGCUCUGCUAAAUAGAUGACUUGUUGUCUUCAGUUUGGAGGCCAUGGGACCUGAACGUUGAUACGAAACAAAUCUCACUUUAAUGGAGGGGGAGAGAGGGAGGGAGGGAGGGAGGGAGGGAGAGAAAGAGAUCCGGCUGCUUUCCAGUCUCUCCCUCUCAUCUUUCAUUUUGUAUGUAUACCCUCAUAUUCUGCAUUGCUGAUUAAUCAAAUAGAGCUGUCCUGUAUUUUUAUACUGGGCUAAUCACCUAGACCACCAAAGGCCUCUUUGAAAUCAGGGAGGUUAGGUCCUCACCCUUGUGACUUCUCAGAUUCAUCAGGCCUCUCCCUUAGAUGGUGGCUGCCUUCCUCAAGGGUGAUGAGUAAGCCAAAUGUAACCAUGGAAACGUGAGCCCAGUGGCGUGUCCUUAUUUGAUAUACUGGAUGGAACUAUCUGCAAUUCAGAUGUGUAUUCUUUAAUCCCUGCACCGAGGAGACAGGGGAGAGAGCAUCUCUGUGAGUUUGAGGCCAGUCUGGUCUACAUAGCUAUAGGAUAACCCUAACAACAUAGAGAGAACUUGUCUCCCCCAUUUUUUCCUUAUUGGUUUGUAAGUGCCAUAGUGUAAGAGAAUUGUUUCCCUUUCUGCCUGGUUGAGAUAGGGCUUUUCUUGUCUCUGUCUCCCUUUGUAUGUAGGCUAGCUGGGCUGUGAACAUCAAGCUGAUCUUGUUUUUGCCUUUCAUCCCACAGUUGGGGUGUUGGAUUACAGAUUGGAGUCCUGGCAGCACCUAGCUUUGUGCUGGUUCUGGGGAUCAGAUUUAGGUUGCCAAACUUGUGAGGCAAGUGCUGUCACCUGCUGAGCAGAGAUAUGCAUUUUUCUAAAAUUACACUUAUUUAUUCUUUUCUUCUUAAUACUGCCCUUGCUGUUUUGAGACAAGGUCUUCCUACACAGCCCAGGCUGGUCUUGCACUUGCCAUCCUCCUGCCUCAGCCGCUCCAGCAUUAGGAUUGUAGGUGAGUACUACCAAGCCAAACACACUGAGCUCCUUCCUAAGUCAGUUGGGGGUAUUUCAGGGAGUGUACCUGAUUCCAUUUACUGAUCUAUGUGCCUUUGUCCCUUUGCAAAUACCACACUGUUUUGUUACUGUGUCAAGAACACACUGGGGCCUUACAUGUUUACAGUGAGCACUUUCCCACUCUGAACACUGUUUUUGACACCUGGGCUUCAGUAGUAGGCUUCCUGUCCUGUAAAGUGAUUUUUUUCCCCCAUCUUAGUUUUUACAUUUAUUGUGUCAUGGUCCUUUAUUCUGAAAUACUUCAACGUAUAUUUUCUAAAACUAAGAGCUUUUUAAGGUAACUGUCAACAGGUUUAUAAAUGAUAAACGAUGAUCUAUUUUAUCAUCUGAAUUUAAUGGGUCAACCCAAUAGUAUCCUUUAGAGCCCCACAAAGCACAAAAACAUGAAAUGCCUCCACCCUAGGGCGCAGUCUAGGGGCAGAAUUGUGUUUAGUAGCUGUGACUCUCCCACCUCCUCUGAUCUUGAACACAGCUUUUUAGGACAUUGGUACCUCUGGAGAAUAACUACAUCACCCCUUCUUAGGAGUGUUGUUCUCAUUUUUGGAAACACCAAAUAAACCCAGAAUGAGGUGCUCUUUUUGUUGUUCAGGCUACAAGACAUACAAGCCUGGAGUGCUGAGCAAGCCGCAGUCAGAGACAUGUAGCUUUCAUUUGCCACCACUGGUGAUUUUAAUUUUGAUCACCCCGUGAAGCCCUUAUCUGAUAUUCAUGAUUGCAAAGAUGGCAGUUUUAUAAUUUGGUGGGCAUACAAAGAGACGCGUGUUUAAUUUCUAACAUGUUGCUUCAGUGAGACAGAGUGAGCGCUGAGGAGGAAGCCGUCCUUUCAGCGCGCUAAGAUCUCUGGGCAGACGACUUACCCCUGGGAGCUUCGAUCUAAUGCUCUGCCAUGCGAGAUAGGAUCGAGGCUCUUCCCGGGUUCCCGGGGUUCCCCUGGGGUGCCGGCUACUGUGGGCCGCGCACGGAUUUCUCUGCAGCAAAGGGCGCGUGUCCGUGCCCGCGCACACCUGUUCGUGCCCGGGGUCCCGCGGGUCCCGCCGCCACGCGCGGGCUGUUUCGCCCCGCCGCAAGCUCCUCCUCCAUGGCCGCGUCCACCCGCCGGCGGCCGGGCACAAGCAGACGCGCGGCGGCGGCGGCAACCCUGGGCCCAGGCAGCGGCGGGAAGGGGCGGGCGCACGGAUGGGCGCGACCGAGGCCGGAGGCACUAAGAGCCCGAGGCUGCUGUCCGUGCUGCGGCGGUGGCGUGCGGGCCGGCGGCUGAGGAGAAUGCGAUCGGCUUUCCGGGCGGAGCGGAGUGCCUCAUCUCCAGACAUGGAGCCCAGCUAUGGGGGAGGCCUUUUUGAUAUGGUGAAAGGUGGUGCAGGUAGGCUAUUCAGUAACCUGAAGGACAACUUGAAAGACACCCUCAAAGAUACAUCCUCCAGAGUCAUCCAGUCUGUUAGCAGCUACACAAAGGGAGACCUAGACUUUACUUAUGUCACUUCCAGGAUUAUCGUGAUGUCCUUUCCUAUGGACAGUGUUGACAUAGGAUUCAGGAAUCAGGUUGAUGACAUCCGUAGCUUUUUGGAUUCCAGACAUCUUGACCACUACACAGUAUACAACUUGUCACCCAAGUCUUACCGAACUGCCAAGUUCCACAGCCGGGUCUCAGAGUGCAGUUGGCCCAUCAGGCAGGCCCCAAGUCUACACAACCUGUUUGCUGUGUGUCGGAAUAUGUAUAACUGGCUGCUGCAGAAUCCCAAAAAUGUCUGUGUUGUCCACUGCUUGGAUGGACGGGCCGCAUCAUCAAUUCUGGUUGGUGCUAUGUUCAUUUUCUGUAAUCUCUACUCUACGCCUGGCCCUGCUGUUCGAUUACUCUACGCAAAGCGACCAGGAAUUGGACUGUCUCCGUCCCACAGGAGGUACUUAGGCUACAUGUGUGACCUACUUGCAGAUAAGCCCUACCGUCCUCACUUCAAGCCGCUCACAAUCAAGGCAAUCACUGUCAGCCCAAUUCCCUUCUUCAAUAAACAGAGGAAUGGGUGCCGCCCUUACUGUGACGUACUGAUUGGAGAAACUAAAAUAUUCUCAACAUGCACAGACUUCGAACGAAUGAAAGAAUACCGUGUCCAAGAUGGGAAAAUCUUCAUCCCUCUGAACAUCACAGUCCAAGGUGACGUCAUUGUUUCCAUGUACCACUUGCGGUCAACCAUCGGGAGCCGGCUGCAGGCUAAGGUGACCAACACACAGAUAUUCCAGCUCCAGUUUCAUUCUGGAUUUAUACCACUGGACACAACAGUUUUAAAGUUCACCAAGCCUGAGUUGGAUGCAUGUGAUGUACCAGAAAAAUAUCCUCAGCUGUUCCAAGUGACACUGGAUAUAGAAGUACAGCCCCAAGACAAAGUGAUCGACCUAACUCCACCAUGGGAGCACUACUGCACAAAGGAUGUGAACCCCAGCAUCCUCUUCUCCUCUCAGCAGGAGCAUCAGGAUACUCUGGCCUUAGGGGGUCAGGCUCCAGCAGAUCUCCCUCCAGACCAUCCGAGGAAUCUUGGGCAAGGAGGCUUCUUUGCCUCUCUGUGUUGGCAAGAUCAGAAAUCAGAGAAGUCACGGUGUGAGGAGGACCACGCAGCCCUGGUGAAUCAGGAAAGCGAGCAGUCGGAUGAUGAACUACUGACUCUCUCAAGCCCACAUGGCAAUGCUGAUGGUGACAAGCCUCAUGGAGCCAAGAAGCCUGGCAAAAAGCAGCAGGAGCCAGCUGCGCCUCCUCCCCCAGAGGAGGUGGACCUUCUGGGCCUGGAAGGGUCCGAUGUGAGCACGAACUUCUCCCCCUUGGCAGCUCCUCCCAGCAAUUCUGAACUGCUGAGUGACCUGUUUGGGGGUGGAGGUGCCACAGGUCCUGCCCAGGCAGGACAGGUUGGAGUCGAAGAUGUGUUUCACCCAAGUGGACCUGCGUCUGCGCAGUCCACACCACGCCGAGCCACCACUUCCGCCUCUGCAUCGCCAACCCUAAGAGUGGGAGAAGGUGCCACCUUUGACCCUUUUGGAGCCCCUGCUAAGCCACCAGGUCAGGAUUUGUUGGGCUCCUUCCUGAACACAUCCAAUGCUUCUAGCGACCCCUUUCUGCAGCCCACGAGAAGCCCUUCCCCUACAGUGCAUGCUUCUAGCACUCCUGCUGUGAACAUCCAACCAGACAUUGCUGGAGGUUGGGACUGGCAUGCCAAACCAGGAGGUUUUGGGAUGGGAAGCAAAUCGGCUGCCACCAGCCCAACAGGCUCAACACACGGCACCCCUACCCAUCAGAGCAAGCCCCAGACUCUGGAUCCCUUCGCUGACUUGGGGACACUAGGCAGCUCUUCAUUUGCCAGCAAACCCACCACACCAACUGGAUUGGGUGGAGGAUUUCCACCUCUCAGCUCACCACAGAAAGCGUCCCCACAGCCCAUGGGUGGAGGGUGGCAGCAGCCAGCCGGCUACAACUGGCAGCAGGCACAGCCUAAGCCACAGUCUAGUAUGCCUCACUCCUCCCCUCAGAACCGACCCAAUUACAACGUGAGCUUCUCAGCUAUGCCUGCAGGGCAGAGCGACCGUGGAAAAGGAUCUACUAACUUAGAAGGAAAACAGAAGGCUGCUGACUUUGAAGAUCUGCUUUCCAGUCAAGGCUUCAAUGCCCACAAAGACAAAAAGGGGCCUCGAACAAUAGCUGAGAUGAGAAAGGAGGAAAUGGCUAAGGAAAUGGAUCCUGAGAAACUGAAGAUCCUGGAGUGGAUAGAAGGCAAAGAGAGAAACAUCAGAGCCCUGCUUUCCACAAUGCACACUGUGCUGUGGGCUGGGGAGACCAAGUGGAAACCUGUGGGCAUGGCAGACCUGGUGACGCCAGAGCAAGUGAAGAAGGUGUACAGGAGAGCCGUGCUAGUGGUGCACCCCGACAAGGCUACUGGGCAACCCUAUGAACAAUAUGCAAAGAUGAUCUUCAUGGAGCUAAAUGAUGCCUGGUCCGAAUUUGAAAACCAAGGCCAAAAGCCCUUGUAUUAAUUUGUGAGCUUUUCUAUGCUGGCUGCAGUCCUGUGAUCAUGCUUAGUGUGUACCACGGUUCUGAGAUUUUCACAGAUGAACCAAAAAUUCUAGUAAUGUAUUUCCAGUACUAAACUGUUAAGUUCCUCGUGAAUUCAUUUCUCAUGAUAAGGAAUGUGAACAUUGGGUUUCUUGAAGUCCGUAGCACCGAGAGGAACACUAGUGAACUGACCUUGCAGAGUCAUGAAAUCCCAGCCUGCCCUUUGGGGAAGCCUAUUCAGCAUUUUGCCUGGGGAAAUAGGACCGUGGCCACCCAAGGCGGAGGCCUGACAUCCAUCUCACUGUCUGAGAGUAAGAUUUAUGAGUGGACAUUAUGGUAGUUGGAUUACAUAAUGGUUUUAAGGAAAUGAUUUAGGGAUUGUGUAUGUGUGGUUUUUGUUUUUAAAGAUGUAAUUUGAGCAAUGGCUUUACACAAACUCCAAGAAUAUCACCAACCAAGUAUUUUUUAAUGGAAACUUACUGAAGCCUUUAUAGCUUCUUCAGUUUGUGUCUUUUGGUCAAGAGCAUUAACAAUCAUAGAAGUGGCUAAAUGGUGGGAGGUGGUUAUGCAGAAAUCUAGGCAUUAUCCUUAACUUUUCCUGGAUGCACUAAGCCCAAGCACAUGAUAGCUGAAGAAACCAGGAGCCCUAAGAUGUGUUGACUCCAGGUCAGAACUUUGGGGGUACUGGCUCCUUUCCCCUUUAAAUUUGCAGUUGAUUAAAGAAAAACCUUUAAAUGCUACCACCACCAUAAUUCCAAACCUAUUUGAAAUCCCCCUUCUAAUUGUUGCCACGAGGCUCAGUGCUCUUUCUUUUGCUUAGCCAAGAAAACAUUCUUCAUGGGUGACAGUUUGUAAAGCAGUUUGGCUCAUUCACAUUCACACUUUGUGUAGACCUGGAGUUCUGGUGAUUGCAAACCAGGGGGGAAAUGGAGAAGAUAACACUGAGUACUAUUUAGAAAGGGUUUGGUUGGGGAGAGAGCUGUGGUGUGCCUUCAGAUCCAAUUGGAUAGCUUGCCAGUUUGAGGAGUCAGAGUCCCACCCACCCAGUGAAUCUGGGCCCCCACCCCUGGGAUUAUUUCCAAUGGGUUUGCUGUUGGAUGCAUGUGAAAACUAUGUAAGAAUGCAACUUUCCCAGACCGACUGGUUGCAAUUUAGUCCAGUGCUCAGAGCUUCCCAUUGUGCAAGGGAGGCAGCUGGUACUGCUGGGACUUUGCUAGGUCUCCUGGUGAGCACACGCGCAGCAUCUAUCUAUCCAUCCAUAUAUGCAUAUGAGUAUGUCUAGUGUGCACAUACACAUUCACAAAGCGGGUGGUCAAAAAGAUUAUCAUGCUGAUCUUAAAAGGUUCACAUUCAAUAUUGUGAAAAGCUUUCAAAAGUUUGUUUUUCAAAGACAAUCAUUUUGUUUGUUUGUUUCUGUUUUAAUAUUCUUGUGACAAACUAAACCGAAAAAGCAGCAUGUCAGAAAUAAUUUUGGUUCCAUAUAGACCUCUCUUCUCUCUUUUCUUUUAAAUUAUAAAAGUUCAUUAUUUAUUUUGCCUUUUACUGAUAAUGUGAAAUUCUCAAAAAAAAUAUUCUCUUUAAAAUAUGCAGUUGUAAACUCUUCAAAGUAACCAUGACAACCUAGGUGUUAUUUAUUAAGGUAUUAUACAAUGAUGUCUGACCCAGUAUGUGCUUGUCCUCUUUAAGAUUGGAAUGUGAGACAUGUUGCUGUGACCUGUUUUAUUUUUUGUUCUGUUUUGUUUUGUUUUUUUUCUGCCUCAUUCCACAUUUGUAGAUAUUGUGUGAACUACAGUAUAUAAUGACAAUAAUUAAGAGGAUAUUAUGUGGCUGCCACAUACAUUUUGAGGUGGUAGAACUAUAUUAGCUUUAUAUCAUGUUCGCAUAGGUCAUUAAUGUUCAUGAUUUAAAUACCAUUAAACGUUAUGCGAUUAGCAAUGAGAAAGAACCCCUCCUUAAAUCUGGGAGUUUCCCCACCGCUCUUCCCCAGAUGCAUUAUGAUUCUGGAUGCCUGUCUAUCUCAAAACUCUUAACACAUGCAGACCAAUAAGUUCUGCAUUCCUUUUAAAUACCAGGUCGUGACAGUUUGUUGUUGGUCAGAUUCACUGUCUCAUUCAUAUUUAUUGUAAUAUAUUUUUGUUUUGUAAAUACGUUAAACAAAACAAAAUGUCAUUGUUUAAAAUAUUUGUAAUGUAUAUUAAAAAGAUAAAAAAUA